AUGUCCUCAGUCCAGACAGGAGGGAAUCUCGAGUGGCACAAUGCUGGGCCCCUAACCACAACAUGGACUGCUCCCCAAUCGUGUGCGACCGAGCCAGUCAUCCGCAGCGGCCUGGCAGUCCCUCAGGUACCUUGGUUUCCGCGUUUGAUUGUUGAUGGGUGCGACGGCUGGAACAUUCCAGACGAGUGUCGUCCCAACGGCGGCAAGGUCAAUGAAAUAUAUGAAAACGUCGAUCUCGCCGUGGAAGUGACCACCGCCCACUAUUAUUUUCCCGGCAUCCAGUGCCCUGACAAUUGGGUCACCGUCGGCAUCGCUGCCAUGAACAAUGGCGCCCCCAGUGUGUCUGGUAUUUUUCAGCCGACUGCCUUCACCGAGGGAGCACCUGGGGAGACGACGAACUUCCCAGCCGCCAACUUCCAAGCCAACAUGCUAACUUCGAUUCUGGAACCCACUCAGACAGCCGUGGCCUGCUGCCCAAGAUAUAUUGGCCCUGGCCCUGGAGAAGGCAACGAACUAAGGACCGAGACCUUCGAAUUCGCGGGUAAGACUACGACCGCAACGCAAAGGAAAUUUCCCUUUACAACAGGGUGGCGCGACACCUCCGACGCCGUGACCUAUAUCAUCCCAUUUGACUCGUCUGGUCUCCCCGAGGAAACGGCCAGCGGAUUGGCUGCCUUUGGCGAGGAGCCCUGGGAGUCAGGUGUUGCCGUUGUACAGGCUAUCUAUCUUGUAAAUAGUGGGGAUGGAUACGAUGAAAAGAACGGCAAUGGCAACGACAACGAGGAAGCGACUACAAACAGUCCAGUUAGUACUGGCGGUGGCCAACACAGUGCUGCUCAUGCGCUCAUGCCCAACCGGUGGGCCGCUAUCGGUACCAUCCUAGGCGCGUGGGGUGUUAGUGUGAUCGUGGGCGUAGCUCUUUUGGCCACUCGGUAA